AUGGCUGGCAUUGUGCCAGUACCUGUUGAAGUGCCAUUGACAAGAAGAGAUGCCGGCAUACAGCAGCUCGGUUUCUUGCUCGGAUCUUGUGGGGUCAAGGUAGCCCUCACCUCGGAAGCGUGCUACAAGGGCCUUCCAAAGGCUUCUUCCCCAUCCGGCAGUAAUACAGAGGUCGUCGACUUCAAAGGAUGGCCCCGGUUGUAUUGGCAGACGACUGAGAAUUUGCCGAAACCCCCUCGAGACUGGACUGCUCCACCACGAGUAGCUGAUGAAAGUGUUGCCUACAUCGAAUAUUCACAAUGCCGAGAGGGUGCUGUGAAAGGAGUGUGUAUUAGCAGACAGGCCAUGCUCGCACAUUGUCGCGCCAUUGCACUGCAGAUGGAUUAUAAAGAAGGCGAAAGUGCAAUCUGCGUCCUUGAUUGGAAGCGAGAAGUCGGGUUGUGGCACGGGGUGCUUGCCUCGGUAUUUUGCGGCCUAAAGGUCGUCUUCGUACCGUAUGCCCUCAUGAAGGUGAACCCAGCCAGCUGGAUGGUGCAAGCGACCCGUCUACAGGCCCAAACGGCCCUCGUCAAGUCCCGCGACCUACAUUGGGCCCUGCUGGCCGUGCGCGAUCAUAAUGACGUUCAACUCGGCGGGCUGAGAAGUCUCGUUGUGGCUGAUGGGGCCAAUCCUUGGUCCCUAUCGUCUUGUGACCAAUUCUUGGCGACGUUUGCCUCGCGGGGACUGAGACCGGAUGCGAUGUGCCCGACUGCGGGAAGUUCGGAGACUGGCACCAUCUCAUUGCGAAGAAGACCAGCGGCGAAUCAGCCAGGCACUCAAGCCGGCCGCGGCGUCCUCUCGAUGUCAGCCCUAUCGCAUGGAGUUGUCAGGGUUGAGCAAGAGAACGCGCUCAACUCGUUGACACUACAGGACGCGGGCCACGUGAUCCCGGGCGGUUCGGUGGUUGUCGUCAAGCAGUCUGGAUCUCCGCGACUUUGCCGAAGUGAUGAGGUGGGCGAGAUUUGCAUCUGCGCCCAUUCUGCAGGCAGCGCCUACUGGGGUCUCGAGGGGAUGUCGGCCGCCACAUUCCGAGUGGAACCGCUGGCUGCUGAUGAUCGACCCCUCGGUCCAUUACACUACGUCCGCACCGGAUUGAUUGGCUUUUUGGCACCUAACGGGCUGAUCUUUGUGGUGGGCAAGAAGGCGUCGCAACUCUUCGUUUCUGGGCGACAACAUUCCGCCGAUGACAUUAUUGCCACCGUGCUUGCCGUAGAGCCGAUGCGUUUUGUGUACAGAGGCCGCAUCGCCGUCUUUUCCGUGUCUGUACUACGAGACGAGCGAAUCGUUGUGGUGUGUGAGCAGAAGCCACAUACCACGGAAGAUGACGCUUUUCAAUGGAUGGGCCGAGUGAUGCAGGCUGUCGAGUCGAUUCACCACGUUUCCAUCUAUUGUCUCGCCCUCGUCGUGCCCAACCAAUUGCCAAAGACUCCUCUGGGUGGUAUCCAUGUGGCAGAGACUCGACAACGUUUCUUGAGCGGUGAUCUACACCCGGCUACCCUUUUGAUGUGUCCCCAUAAUUGUGUCCUUAACCUGCCCAAGCCACGUGAACGACAAUCUGACGUUGGCCCGGCUGCAAUGUUUGUCGGAAACAUCGUGCAGGGCGUUCGGAUGGCAGAAGCUGAGGGCCGAUCACUCGGACCGGAAGAUAUGUACGUACCUCUUGCCGAAAUUCUUCGACAGCGCGCGACACAUACGCCAGAUCAUGUGAUCUUCAGUCUCGUCACGGCCAAGACAAUCGAUAACCCAGAGACGUUGACGUGCGGUAUGCUGCUGAAAAAAGCCGAGCGGAUAGCAAGCUUACUGACCGACAAGGCUCGUCUCAACCCGGGUGACCAUGUCUCCGUCGUGUUACCGCCCGGUCUCGAUCUGAUCGUCGCCUUCUUUGGGUGUCUUUUGUCAGGCAUGGUCCCCGUAUGCGUUCGUCCCCCGCCUUCCGGCCAACUGGCUGAAGCCGUUCCCACCGUCCGAGCCAUCGUCGAUGUCAGCCGAUCUGUAGCCGUACUUUCCAGCCAGAACAUCACAAAGAUGCUCAAGAGCAAAGAAGCGUCGCAUCGCGUGGAUGCGAAGGCGUGGCCGUUGAUCGUCUAUUCAGGCCAUCACACGACACUUGUACCACCAGCUGAAGUCGAAGCCACUCCAUCGCUAUGGCUCCAAACCGUGUCCAAUAACAAGAUGCGCGACACCUUCACCUCGCACACUGUCGUCGAGAUUUGCGUCAAAGAGUUGGCCCCGCAAAUUGCGCAAUUGAAGGAGAAGGGCCUCAAUCUUGCUUCGGUUCGUACAUGCGUGAUCGUGGCCGAAGAACGUCCUCGCGUUCCACUACUAUCCGCUUUUACAACGCUAUUCGGAUCUGUUGGCCUAUCUUCUCGAUCUGUCUCCACUUCAUUCGGUUGUCGCGUAUGUCCAGCAAUAUGUAUGCAGGGAGCCAGUGGGCCUGACCCGGCACAGAUCUGGGUCGAUGGGCGAGCGUUGCGUCACGAUCGCGUAUCCGUCGUCGGCAAGGGCGCUCCACAUUCUAUUGCGCUCGUCGAGACAGGAAAACUUCUGCCCGGCGUCCGUGUGGCCAUUGCGAAUCCGGAAACCCGUGGUCUAUGCGCUGAUUCUCACCUCGGGGAGAUCUGGGUGGCGGGCCCUCAUUGUGCUGAUGGAACGAUUGAGCGUCAGUCUCAUAAUGAUAUGUUCGAGGCACGACUCACUACCGGCGACACGAAAACCAGAUGGGCCCGAACGGGGUACCUGGGUCUCGUGCGGCAGACGGAUGCGGUGACGGAAAGCGGUGGCCUUCACGAAGCCGUGUUCGUUGUGGGACCCUUGGAUGAAGCAUUGACACUACGAGGGAUGCGCUAUCAUCCGGCUGACAUCGAAUACACCCUCAAUCGGGCGCAUCGGCUUCUAACGGAAAGCGCGGUUUUCACGUGGAAUCACCUACUUGUUGCUGUGGUUGAAAGUACGGGCGGUGACGAUUCCCUCGACGUCAUCCCAGCGGCCACUUGUUCCGUUCUCGAGGAGCACCAUCUCAUUCUUGGGGUGGUGGUCAUCGUCGACCCGAACACGAUCCCGACAAAUUGCCGCGGGGAGAAGCAGCGAUAUUUGCUGCGCGAUCAGUUCCUCCAGGACAAACUCGAUCCAAUCUAUGUCGCUUACAAUAUG